AUGUCAGACCUUGACCCUCGAUCAAGCUUCGUUGCACGAGAUUGGCAGUACAGCGUUCUCCCAAUCACAGCACCUUUUGAUGCCCAGAUCGAGUCACGUGACUUGGCCUGGGCAGCCACAGCGGCCAUCAGCGAUCCCUACUCCGCCUGGGGCGGUCUUGCAAAUAGCCUUUCGGGUAUGAGCGGCACUGGGAAUGAAAAUUUCACGGGCAUUACCACUCCUUUCAUACCCCAAGGAGGCUUUCAAAGCUGGACCACUCAGCAGGCUCUCGGUGUCGAAGCUUGGAAACCCAUAUUUUACCCUCACUGUGUUCCACCAUUGGAUCCAAACCCUGUGAGCUCUUUUGACUCGAUCUCACACAACCAUGAACAUUGGGUCGGGCAGAUUUCUGUUCAACCCCUGAGUAAUCUGCCUGCACAACCGAACGGGGGUGAGAUCUCAACGAACGUGCACGGUAUCCAUCAGACAGGACAAGGGAUAUAUUGUCAACAAUGCGAUUCGCAGUUCUCUAACCGAGCACUCCUCGAAUGCCACGCGAAAGAGACCCAGCAUUCGCCAUAUCGCUGUCGGUGUGGCAAAACAUUCUCGAGACUCGAUGUACUUCAUCGACACAUUCAGACUUUUCAACGCGAAGUUUCUUAUCCCUGCCCUCACUGCAAGAAACGCCGCGGUCCACGGGCAUUCGUCCGACUUGACCAUCUCACACAACACCUCCGAGGUUAUCACAAUAUGGAAUCUGUGGAUGAAUCAGAGGCGGCCCAUUCUCAACAGUCACCCCGGAAACGAAAGGCGACAUUCAGCUGUCCUCACGAGACCUGCUCGCAUCCCAGAGGGAUGGCUUCCCUGCCAGACGAACCAGCGAUGAAUCGGACAUUCCUGACUCGUGGCGAGUUCACCAAACACCUCCGUGAAGUUCACGAUGAGAGCCUUUUUCCGUGUGUAGAAAUUGGUUGUUGCCGUAUCGGCAGCAGGGGCUUCUUCAGGAAGAAGGACCUGUUGAACCAUGUGAAGGAGCACCACACUGACGCCGAAUUCCAACCAAGUGCGAUCUGAAUUUCCGUGACUUUCGUUAUCUCUUCUUUUGGCGAUCUUGGGAAUUUCAAAGAGACCUAACAUCUCUUGCACCAUGUUAUCACACUUUUUCUUUUCGGGUUUUUCUGCACAUCGAAGAUCGAGGAGCUAGCUUUUGGAGUCGCUCAUCCAUCGGAAUGAAAAUUCUUCAUUGUCAUCCUGGAAAUUGAAUUUAUGAAUUCUGGUCAUUCUCUUUGAUAAUCAAUCUCAACGCCUGUGCAGACUGCACUAAGAACUGCUGUUCAGUCUCAUCCAAAUCCACUUGAAACGGCGAGAUACCCUUCCUUCCUAAGACAGCCGGCAAGCUGAGACAGCAGCCCAAAUCCUCCUGCCAAUGGCUCAGUGGCAAAAUCUUCCGAUGAUC